AUGUCCGCACUCAUCGAAAAAUUGACGACUGAAGGCGGUGGAGAGUCUGCCGGCUUCCUGAACGAUAUCGUGGCACAGCUAUGGCCCAACAUCGAGGUUGCCGGCAGCAAAAUGGUUAAGAACAUCGUCGAGCCUAUGUUCAAGACCAUGCUCCCUGGUCCGCUGGCGACUUUACACUUCACCAAGAUCGAGCUUGGCUCCACACCAAUCAAGUUUUCCGAUAUCAAGGUUACAAAGACUGCUCAUGAUGGUAUCAAGCUUGACUUGAAUGUAGAUUGGGAUGGCCAGUGUGAUAUUGAACUGGAUGGAAACAUGAUGCCUAAAGUUGGAGUUAAAGAAGUUAUAAUAAACGGCAGACUCUCCAUUCUGCUAUGUCCUCUUACGAAUAUCAUCCCAUUGAUCGGUGCCACCCAAAUCUCCUUCAUAAACCCGCCGGACCUCAAACUAAACUUUACCGGCGCAGCUAACAUCGCCGACUUGUCCCUUAUCGACGACGCUGUUCGCAAGGUGCUGAUUGGUAUAAUUAACAGUGUGGUCGUUCUGCCAAACCGUAUCUUUGUUAAACUUGACGCAAACAACGAUUAUUUUAAGACUUACCAUCAGCCAUUAGGCAUCGUUCGGAUCACUGCAGAAAAAGCAUGGGGUUUUGCUGAGGAGUCUCAGUCCAAGACCAAGAAGCUGUUUUCUAAGUUGACAAGGGCGAGUCCGGAUUGCUAUGCUGAGAUCGAAGUUGGUGCUGAAGAAGCAUGGAGGACGACGACCAAGAACAAUACUACAACUCCAGCGUGGGGCGAGACGCAUGAUUUCGUGGUAUCAGAUUUCAAUCAACGCAUUAAAGUUGUCGUGUCAGAUCAUGACUUGAAUUCCGACGAUGAGGUCGGUGUAGCUGUCACCACCGUCAAGGAUAUCCUUCUGGCUGGCGGUAAGCAAGAGCUCGGAAUGUUGCAUAAGGGCUCCGAGAGCGACAGCAAAGUUGCGCUUUCAUGUGAAUUCUUCCAGUUUACUGCCGAGGAUAGCAGUAGCUUCUCGGCGUCUAGUCAUAGUGGCGAUGGCCUCAUGUGCGGAAUCCUCCAUGUACUUGUCGCAGGAGCUUUCGGCAUCAAAGGCCAGCGAGAAUCUUUGAAGCCGAGUGUAGUUGUGACUUGGGGCAGCAAACACCGUUUCCAGACGGCUGUACAAACAGAUGCACCCGGUACAGAUAUCAACAAUCCGACCUUUGAUCAAAACUUUCGUAUUCCAGUCACCUCUGCAGAUAUAACAGCUGGAAAUGUGCGGAUUGUAUGUAUGAAUGAACAGACAGAGAUUGGCGCUGUAGAGAUACCAUUUGAAGAUUUACAGAAGGCGCCGGAUAUGACACUACAAGACAACUUUGAUGUUGGUGAUGGAGUGAGAGUGAGGGCUAGUAUCUCGUUGAGGGGAGUACAGCCGGCAUCUAUGUAG